AUGAAGGGAUCAGCUAUAUUACCUUUCGCUCUACUCUCGUGUCUGGUAGCGCAGGCAAUCGCUUCGUCCUUUGGUGGGACCACCUGGGCGCCCAUUUUUGCUGGACGUUCCCACAAAGCUAUCUCCCGUCGAACAUUGACACAUGGCAGUAACCACCGUCCAUCACCAUCUAUCCAAGCAGGUCUCGGUUUCCUUGACGGAGCUGACUGCAUUACACAAGUAUAUCCUUGCCGAUCCAUUGGCAAUACGUUGCUCCGUGGAGCUUUAUUGCGUAUUGCUUCGGAUCUGUCUGGCGGAACAGCCUUUGAAACGGUUAAAACACGGGUUACGAUCUUCCCGGAAAGCCCUCUCGAGGCUCUGAACAACAUUGUGAAAGAAGGCGGGGUUCCCGCGCUGUGGACGGGUUCCCAAUCUCGAACCAUCGAAGGUGCUUUGGUAGGUGCCGUGUUCAUGCUGGGGAGCGUCCUGACCAAGGCACAGGUCAAAGCAUUUGGUGGAGGACCUACCAUGGCAGCUUUGGCGGGUGGUCUCGUCGGUGGUGUCGCCCAAGCGUUUGUCAUGACGCCUGCCGGUAUGAUUUUUACAUCCCUCAAUUAUAAUCGCGGUCGCAAAGGAUUCGAAAAUGACAACGCCAUGAACGUGAUUCACCGGGUGGUGGACGAGAAGGGUCUCAUGGGCAUGUAUUCGGGCUUUCGACCCAUGGCGCUUCGUCAAGCGACCAAUUGGGCGUCCCGAGCCGGCUUUACCGAAAUAUGCCGGUCUGUGUUGGGCCUUUCGCAGUACGGGUUGCUGGGAGAGCUAUUAUCGGGGGCUAUCGGCGGGGUCGGAUCGUGCUGGAACACUCCGAUCGAAACGAUUCGGGUCAUUACGCAACGUGAUAUUGCGGCUGGGCGUCCCCAACUGACAAUGAAGGAACAGUGGGAUGAUAUUGUGGACGCGCAAGGAUAUCCGGGAUUGUUCCGUGGUGUCACACCACGCGCUCUACAAGCAAUAUGGCAAACAAUCUUUUUGGUGGUGGUCCCCAACAUGAUGGGAAUCUAA